ACGUAUGGUCAACUAAAUAGAAAUACAAUACAAGUGAGUGCCUUAUUUUGAAUGUUUUUCUUCUUCUACGGGUACCAAACAGGUCAAACCUCUCCGUUUCUCUCUAUCGCCAUCGCCAUCUCCAUCUCCGUCGCCGUCGCCUCAAAGUUCAAGGCAGCAGGAGUAGCUUACUGUCGUUAUAUGGAUAAGAUAGAACCUGGAAAGAUUGGUCAAGAGGAAGUGACAAGAGAGUCGCUGAUUGCCAUCUCCUACUCGGUCCCAGACCAAAAACUUGCCUCACAAGUGUCGUCAGAAAAUCUGGGAAAUCAGAAGUUUGUUGAAGUGGAUUAUGAUGGAGCAGACAAGUAUAGGUCUGAGCUGAUCUCGAUAUCCAAUUCGCAGUCACCGGAUGCCCAAGGCCUACCAGGUACAUUUGGAGAGAGCUGAUGGGGUAACCCGGACAGCAGUUGCGAGUUGCAGCUCUCUUUGGAACUUUUGUUUGUAUUUUCUGGAAAGACCCUGUUUAAUAGGUAAAUGUAAAAAUACUGGCAUGUUCUGUUGUGGUUUCCUGUUGAAAUGAUACACGUUCUGUGGACUUGCAAUGGAGAUGUGGUCUGUAAAAGAAUUGUUGAAAUUACUGUAUGAAAAAGAAGACAAUAGUUGACAUGAAUCUGUUAAAAUAGUUGAAGAAAACUAUUAGGAUUGUAAAACAUUGCUUGCCCUGACAAAUCUCUUGGGCUUUAUGGAUAAGUUUGAUUUGAGUUUGUGAA